CCAGAGUCAAACAUGAAUAGAGUUUUCACAAAAACGAGCGUCACACGCCUGGCUGGUGUCCUGCAAAGGUUCCAGAGCACUUUGGUGGUUGCGGAACACAACAAUGAGAAGUUGACGCCGAUUACACUGAAUGCCAUCAGUGCUGCCAAUAAACUUGGUGGUGAGGUGGCUUGUUUGGUAGCUGGAACAAACUGUGCAAAGGUGGUUGAGGAAAUUAGCAAAGUCCAGGGUGUGAAGAAAGUUUUGGUGGUUCAGAAUGACUCUUGCAAAGGAGCUUUACCAGAGGAACUGACACCACUCGUCUUAGCCACACAAAAGCAGUUCAACUUUACGCACAUCUGUGCAGGUGCAUCUGCCUUCGGAAAGAACCUGCUGCCCAGAGUGGCUGCCAAGUUGGAUGUGGCUCCAGUUUCGGAUAUCAUUGAAAUCAAGUCACCAGAUACAUUUGUCAGAGCCAUCUAUGCCGGAAAUGCUCUCAGCACAGUGAAGUGUAAUGAGCCCGUGAAGGUGUUCACAGUAAGAGGGACGUCCUUUGAGGCGGCAUCCACAGAGGGAGGGAAUGCCGCCACCGAAAAUGUGGCUGCUGAUUCUGCUGUGGGAGUGUCUGAGUGGCUGGAACAGAAUCUCACCAAGAGUGACCGUCCAGAGUUGACCAGUGCGAAGGUGGUCGUGUCAGGAGGAAGAGGUUUGAAGAGUGGAGAAAACUUCAAAAUGCUUUAUGAUCUUGCCGACAAAAUGAACGCAGCAGUUGGCGCUUCUAGAGCUGCAGUGGAUGCCGGCUAUGUGCCGAAUGAUAUGCAAGUCGGACAAACAGGAAAGAUUGUAGCACCGGAACUGUACAUCGCGGUGGGCAUCUCUGGAGCUAUUCAACACUUGGCUGGAAUGAAAGACAGCAAGACAAUUGUGGCCAUCAACAAGGACCCAGAGGCUCCCAUUUUCCAGGUGUCAGACUACGGCUUGGUUGCCGAUCUCUUCAAGGCUGUCCCUGAGAUGACCGAAGCUCUGAGCAAGUAA